AGCUCGUCGAAGAAACGCACGUUAUCUUUAGCCACGGGUGUGCACUUUCUUACACGGUUGGCCAUGCGCAUCGCGGCGAUUCGCCCACAGCGCCCGUCGCUCGCGACGGCCCUCCACGCGCCUCUCAAGGCGGUCGGCAAGUUCAAGGCCAUCAUUGCCACCGAGCUAUUGCACCUCGCCAAGCUCGAGAAGCUCCUGAAUGCAACGUGCGCGUGGAAAGCCGAGCUGCUGCGGCCGCCCACCGCGCCGCGCAUCCGGAUUCAAGUCAUGCCGAAAGGGCGCCUCUUUGGUGUCCUCGCGGUCUACUACGUCGUCACGGUUGCGCUCGUUUUUACGAUCGUCCUUGACCGCACGGCCAGUACGUUUGCGACGCCGCCAUUGACGGGCGUCUCGACCGCGCUCCUCGAAGUGUCGCCGACGACGGAGACGAUUCGUCUCGACAUCAGGUCGAGCUCGUUGGCUUACCUCGAUAUGAUUCUCCUCAACGCAACGGGCCUUGGCACCAUCUCCAUCUAUGCGUUCCCCGACACACCGUCGCAGACCCAAGUGGUUCCGUUCGAGAGUCUUUCGUGGUCGCCCAGCAGCAACCAGUCGAUUGUGUCGGCGCCCUUCCCAAUCGCGUACCGCGUUUUGUACAAGCUCAAGGUGGACCUCUACAGCAGCGUGUUGCUCAACGUCUCGCUCACCGACGGAGCUCCUUUCACCAUAUUUGCCUCGACGGGGUACACGACGCCGUACAUGAUGACGCUCGUCGGCUCGCUCUUGACAGUCAUCAACAUUUCGUGCGGCAUCUACUUUCACAUGCGCAUUCGAACGUUUGCGAUCCCGGGGCAGACGCUACCGCAAUGGGACUGGGUCCAGCUCCAUCUUUUGGCGCUUCUGCUGUGGAUCUGUGUCCCGUACGAGAUUGCCGUCUUCAAGGCCGUCACACAAGGCGUCACGGUCGCUUAUGUGUUUCGUCAAAUGGUGUUUUGGCUGCGGCUUUUCGGCAAGAACGGGUGUCGGCUCGCGGUGCUGCUCUUCUGCGACGGCAUGGCAACGACAAAGCCGCGUCGCGCGCCGAGCUUCUACACCAAGAAGGUAAUCGCCGUCGUGGCCCUCACCGCUGUCCAAGGUGCGAGCCAAAGCGUGUCGUCGCCGUCGCUUGUCUACCCGCUCUUGUAUGUCUAUACGUGGCUUGAGUUCGUGGUCCAAUGCGUCAUGGUGCUUUGGCUCGCGUACCGCCGAGGCCAGCGCGUGCGUCGCCAGCCGUACCGCAGCGCGACGUUCGAGUACACGACGUACGGCGUCAUGUUCUUCUUGGUGUUUCAGUUUGCGAUUGCAUCGGCGUAUAGUCUCAUUCGCCUCUUGGUCGUCGCAGGCAUGAGAAGUGCGACCGAUACUAGCGACAUUGUGCCGGAUGCGCAGCAACAGAUUCUGCUCGCCGGUCUGAUUCGCGACCAAAUGUUCGCAUGGAUCGUCCUCAAAUGCUACAUCCCACUGCCGCCUUCGUCCAGCGUCGUCGAUGAAACCUCGACGGCGUUCUCGCUCACGGAAGCGUCGUCGCCGUCGCCAUCGGUCUUUUGCCUCGAGACGGCGGUGACGAUGCUCAACCUCUCCGUAGCGAGUUACUACACCUCCCACUUGCACCGCCACCACUCCCCCUCGUCGUGCGGGCACCUCGGCAAGGACAUUCCGGACCUCGACGUCUUGGACUGUACGCUCCUCGCUGCCUUUCACGACCCCGCGACCGACACGAAUGGCAUGCUAGUCUACGAGGAGCGCAAGCAACGCUACGUGCUCGCGUUCCGGGGCACCGGUAGCAUCAAGAACGCAGCGACGGACCUCAGAUCGCGCCAGAUGCGGCUUCCCGGUACGCUCUACACGUCCGAGCGGAUCCGGAAGCACAACAAGGGCAAAGGCGUCCGGCACUUUGUGCACGUGCACUCGGGCUUUUACCACGCGUACGCAACGCUGGAGCGGCAUCUGCAUGCGGCGAUCGGCAAGAUUCCGGACGACAGCGUCGUCAUCUGCACGGGCCACAGCCUCGGCGGCGCCCUCGCGACGAUCGCCGCCAUGGAGUUGGCGCUCAAGCGGCCGUCGCUGCGCGUCGCCAUGUACAACUACGGCAGCCCCCGCGUCGGCAACCAUGCGUUCCAGGAGCUCUUCAACGCGACGAUGCCGGCCUUCCGCGUCAUCAACGACGGCGACAUUGUCACGCAGUAUCCCAAGCGAGAUUACACCAACGUCGACCUCGACGGCGUUUGCGUCUACAAGCACGUCGGUGUUGAAAUCACGCUGCUCUGCGGCGGCAACGCCAUUCGAGGGAUUAUCGUCCGACCUACGAUCGUCGACCGGUUUGUCGUCUUGGCGCACCGCAACAGCCUCGCGAGCCACAGCCUCGAAAACUAUCGCAAUAGCUUCCGAUCGCUCAUGGUCGCCGGCACCGAUCGCCUCGGCGCCUCGCUUGGCAGCUGCGACGCAUCGCGCGAAGCAAGCUUUGAGACCGAAGACAAGAUCAAGGACAAGGAGGACGAGGAGCAACAGCGCAAGGCGACGACGAUGCACGACAUCCACCUCGAGCUCUCGACAAAUGCCACGGCAGAAUCGACCGCUGCAGACGCAAUUACCGCAGACACGACCGCCGCACACACGACCACUGCAGACACGACCACUACCCUUUGGACUAUGUAGCUAGCAUGUAGCGAAUGGCCUUGGACUAUCAUUUCUUUGC